AUGGCUCCAUCUUCAUCUAUCGCCAGCGACGAGACGGUCUCUCAGCGCCCAAGAAGCCAAUCCGAUGGCACCAUCGACUACAGUGCCCAAGAUUACUCCACCGAGCAUGUCUCCUCGGGUCCCCAAACCGAGCUCUCAGCCGACAACGCUUCGUCCAUCGAGCCUGCUGCCAUCACCACUGACGGCACGCACGAGACUCUGGACCAGAGCAUCGUGAGCUACGAAGAGACCAACUUUGAUGAUGCUUCAGGCGAGUAUCAGGCACCUCCAACCGAGCAAGCCUGGUACAAGGGUGUCUUGGUCACAGCCGACAAUGCUCAAGCCGUCUUCUCUCCUGCGGCAUGCAUCUUUGUCGCAAAUCUCGAUCGCACUCGCUCUGGCACCGAGCUUGCAGACGAGGUCAAGAGUAUCUUUGGACAGAUUGGAGAGUGCUGGGUCAAGGUUCGUUUCGACAAGAAGAACAUCCCAGCUGCCUUCGUGCAAUACAAGACUAUCGAAGAAGCCUUUGAAGCAGAUGCUCGCUUCCACGGUACCCUCAUCUCCGGACGUCCCUGCCGCAUUAAGUAUGCUCGCGCUCCACCAUGGCACUACCUCAGAAUGUUCGGUGCAGUCGACUUCUGGUGGACUCCGUGCCAGACCGAGAGAGCUCUGUACAACUUGCCUGCUGGAGCUUUUUUCCGUUUCUCGUUGUUUCAGCCUUGCCAGAAUGCUUUGAAGACUCUUACCUUCACGCUUGCUCAGCUUGAGAAGCGCAAGCCUGCUCUCACCGCCUUCAACACGAUCCUACCUGAGAUUACUCCCAACGCCAUCUACGUUGGCAAUCUUCCCUACAACGUCGACGAGAACACUUUGCGCAUGAUCUUCGCCCACUAUGGAUCCAUCACCAAGGUCGAAGUUCGCAAGAUUUUGCACAAGAGAGUUGCCUUUGCCUUCAUCUACUACAACUCAUCUCACUCAGCCGCCAUGGCCUGUCAGUUCCCUUACUGUGCUGUCGACGAUGAUCAUCUCUCAUACAUCGAGCUCAAGCGCGUCAAGCCCCGUCGUCGCAGCCAGCCCAACUACUUCGACAACCUUCCCAAUGGCGUGUUUCGCGAUGGCAGAGACUACACAUACAAGCCGGGACACCCGUCCUGCAUCCCUCGCUACAUGCGUGGCAAUUGGCCUUACUGA